ACUGUCAAUUGUCCCCGUCAAGACACCAAAUCAACAGUACAGAAAAAUGUUUAAAGUAGUCCCUCCUAAUUUUCCGCUCAGCAACGUAUCCAAAUCCUUUUCCAUGAUCAAUUUACCGUUCCAUCACGUGCCCAUCGUCAUCGAACAGUCUGGCAAAGGCGAGAGGGCCUUCGACAUCUACUCCAGACUGCUGAAAGAGCGAAUUAUUUGCCUCAUGGGCCCGAUAAACGACGUGACAAGUUCGGUUACGAUCGCUCAGCUGCUCUACCUGCAAUCGGAAUCGGCCACUAAGCCUAUUCAUAUGUAUAUCAAUUCGCCUGGAGGAGUUAUAACGUCGGGCCUUGGGAUUUACGACACUAUGCAGUACGUGUUGCCUCCCGUAUCGACUUGGUGUGUGGGGCAGUGUUGUAGUAUGGCGUCUUUGCUGUUGGCUGCGGGCACAAAAGGAAUGAGAAACUCUCUUCCCAAUGCUCGCAUAAUGAUUCAUCAGCCAUCUGGUGGUGUGACCGGCCAAGCAACCGACAUAAAAAUUCAAGCAGAAGAGAUCCUAAAAAUCAAACAACAAAUCAACAAGCUCUACGAAAAACAUACCAACAUGCCUUUAGAAAAAGUCGAAAUCAGCUUGGAGAGAGAUAACUUUAUGACGCCGGAAGAAGCGAAAAAAUUCGGAUUAAUCGACAAUGUGAUGUGCGCGCCUACUGAAACCAACAAAGAGACUAUUUCUGGAGCAGAGAAAGAAAUCAACUACACUAAAAAUGAAUCCCCAGAGAACAAACAGCCUGUCGUUAACGCACGAAGUUUUGUCCUAUAAAGUUGUUUUGUGAUGUGAUAUCUAAUGUAAAUAUGUCAUUAAAAACGCUUUUGUAAUAA